UUUUCUCUUUCCUUCAGUCGUUCCCUCCUCGCCAGCCUAGCCUAUGCAAAUUCCUUCCGCUAAUCAGUGAUUAAUGCAAGAAAUUUAAUUAUAAUAAUGGCACAGAUUACUUGACAUAGGGAGAAAGGAAAGAAAGUAAUAAGCGAAUGAGUGGUCUUGUUCGCGUCCGCGCUUCUUCUUCUUCUCUCCCUAUCUAUAUAUAAAGAAAGCCAUAUCUCUCAAGUCCCACACAACCCAAAUCUCAGACAUCACAGAACUCUUCUUCCCGCCCGCCCACCUUCCAGUAUCUCUCAAUCAUUCUUUUGUUUCAGUCACUAUGGGGAGCCACGAUGGAGCCAGCUACGGGGCUUACACGUAUGAGGCUCUUGAGAGGGAGCCCUAUUGGCCAUCUGAGAAGCUGAAAAUCUCCAUUACUGGAGCUGGUGGUUUCAUUGCCUCUCACAUAGCGAGGCGUUUGAAGAGUGAAGGUCACUACAUUAUUGCCUCCGACUGGAAGAAGAAUGAGCACAUGACAGAAGACAUGUUCUGUCAUGAAUUCCAUCUUGUGGAUCUUAGGGUUAUGGAUAACUGCUUGAAGGUUACCGAGGGUGUUGACCAUGUCUUCAACUUGGCUGCUGAUAUGGGCGGGAUGGGAUUCAUUCAGUCCAACCAUUCUGUUAUCAUGUACAACAAUACCAUGAUCAGCUUCAACAUGCUUGAAGCCUCUAGGAUCAAUGGUGUUAAGAGGUUCUUUUAUGCCUCUAGUGCGUGUAUUUAUCCUGAGUUUAAACAGCUGGAGACAAAUGUGAGCUUGAAGGAAUCUGAUGCCUGGCCUGCAGAGCCGCAAGAUGCUUAUGGCUUGGAGAAGCUUGCAACAGAGGAGCUGUGCAAGCACUACACCAAGGACUUUGGCAUUGAAUGCCGUGUUGGAAGGUUCCACAACAUUUAUGGUCCCUUUGGAACAUGGAAAGGUGGCAGGGAAAAGGCACCGGCUGCCUUCUGCAGAAAGGCACUUACUGCUACUGAUAAGUUCGAGAUGUGGGGAGAUGGACUCCAAACUCGAUCCUUCACCUUCAUUGAUGAAUGUGUGGAAGGUGUACUCAGGUUGACAAAGUCCGACUUCCGGGAGCCAGUGAACAUUGGAAGUGAUGAGAUGGUGAGCAUGAAUGAGAUGGCCGAGAUUGUUCUUGGCUUUGGGGACAGGAAGCUCCCCAUCCAUCAUAUCCCGGGUCCAGAAGGUGUCCGUGGUCGUAAUUCUGACAACACAUUGAUCAAGGAAAAGCUUGGUUGGGCUCCAACAAUGAGGCUGAAGGAUGGCCUGAGAUUCACAUACUUAUGGAUCCAGGAACAGAUUGAGAAGGAGAAGGCUCAGGGUAUCGACUUGGCUGUCUAUGGAUCAUCCAAAGUGGUUGGAACUCAAGCUCCGGUUCAGUUGGGUUCUCUUCGUGCUGCCGAUGGCAAGGAAUGAAGCCAGUUCUAAAAGCUUCAGUUGAAGCUGCUCUUUUGGAAGGAUUUGGCUUAUAGAUCUUGUGGUAGAAAGGCGAGAGACUUGUGGAAUGGUAGGAGGAGAGGUUGUUUUGGAAUAACCGGAAAAUUAGAUUGAUUAUAGUUUAUGUCCAUUUUAAUUUUCAAUCAUGUUGAGGGAUGGGAUGACUUGCUGCUUACUGCAUCAUCAUCCAAUGUUCUCUUUUUUCGUACCAGCUAUAUGCAGUGGUAAUGUAUUAGAGUGGCCAGCGUUUAGCAUUUCAUUAUAAUAAUAAACUUAUAUAUCUUGUUAUCUAUCUUUUCUUUGAAUCAUAUUUUUUUGAGCCACGGGUUUUCACUUUUCAAGA